AUGCGCUUGAUUCUGCUUAAUCCAUCUCUGAACUUCCAGUUUGAAGAGAUUGGCAGAAGUAAAUUUAAUCCCAUGAUUGGUCUGGGUGACCAUGAACGUAGAGAUGAAGCCCAAUAUGAUGAUUUUAAGACAACAAAGGCUCGUGAGAAAAGACUUGCCAACGAAGCUCGGGUUCUAGAGAUUCAAGCAAAGAAUGUUGCUCUUGGGAAGAAAGUAAAAGACCCUGCAGCUACAAAGGUAGUUAAGGGUAGGGAGGCAUCAUAUUAUAGGGUGACAUGCAAGGAUAAUGGAAGAGGAAUGCCACAUGAUGAUAUCCCGAUUAUGUUUGAACGAGGUUUGAUGUACUUGCCUUUUCCAGCUGGACAUGCAUCAUAA